AUGGGCAGCAUUUGUAUGGAAAAUCCCAAGAGUUUUGGCAUCAAAAUCAACAUGAAUUCAAUGGACACGACUGAAGACAAUCACAUUUGCAUUCGUUGUAAGCAAACAAUCAAUGGUUUAGACAAUUAUGUGGAGCACAGGAAGAGUGGUAACUGUGAGCCCAUGAGUGCCCACAAGUACUUCAAUCAUCUUCAGCUUCAAUGCAAAUACAAAAGCCAUUCAAACGAUGAGGACAUCGAUGACGAAGAAGAGGAAGACGUGGACGACAACAGGAGUGCGAGGAGUGGCACAAGUGAUGGCAAUCUCUCCUUCAAUAAUACCGACGAAGAGGUGUCCGAAGAAGAGGUCGAUAUAUACCGUCCGCCCAAUAACUUCACCGGCGGCAAAUGGAAACCCGGAAGUCAUCCACAGGUGUCGAGUACUCAUCGCUCAAACGUCCCAAUUAUCUCAUCAUAUGUUACCGACUCUUCAUCCGAUGGAUCCGAGUUUUACGGUCACCACAAGAGACGAACGUCUAAUCAAUCGAUUAAAAGCUCAGCCGAAGAAAGCGACCAAUUGUUUACCGACAAGAGUCCUAACAAUUAUACGGCCAGUCAUUCAAAAAGUGGCAAACAAUUGGUUGGUCUCAGCAAUCAAAUCUGUUCGUUUUAUACGAAUCAAUCCAAUACCUACUUCUGGCACUUGACUACAUCCCAACACAACUCCAAAGUUAACUCACGUAACACUCAUUUCGAGUGUCAGAUAUGCUGUGAGACCUGCGAUGACGUCGAGAAACUAAUGGCUCACAUGGAGAGCAAUCAGUCGAUUCAUGUCAACAGUUCCGGUCCUUUAAUUGUCUUCAAACUCUACAAAAUUAAGAAAAAAUGUGAUAAUUUAGUGAAUGGUUUGAACAAUCGUUUUGUAUGCGAUUUCUGUGGAAUUGUAUUCAACUUUAAGUCACAUCUGAAGAGACACACAAUUAGUCAACACAUACGAAGAGUUGCGUUUCCGGAUCUCAUCAAAAGUAAUUUCAUUGGCGAUAAUCCCCAGUAUUGUUGUCUUAAGUGUGACUUCAAAACAGAUAAACAAUCGACUCAUUUGCUUCACUCCAUGAAUCACGAACUGCCGGUGCCGUCCACUCCUAUCACCGAUACUAACACUGAUUUUAAGACAAGAAAUACAUUUAAAAAGCAUCACAUCCGGCGAACCGAAGACAAGUACAAUUGUCCCGUUUGUAACAACGCCUAUAUCUGUCGCGAACUCAAACAACACAUAAACAUUCAUUUAAAUGAGAAUCCAUUUGAAUGCAUAGUUUGCGAGAAAAAGUUCUCCAAAUUAGUGUAUCUUCGAAACCACGAGAAGACCCACUCGAGUAUCAAAGACAAGGUCUGCGGGACGUGUGGCGCGCGGUUUGCGUUAAACAAAUUGCUUAAGACUCAUAUGAAAACACACGAUUCAAACCGCGACCGAAACGUGACGUGCAAUGUCUGCGGCGCUCAGUUUUACUCUAAGCCUAUACUUGAGUCUCAUAUGAAAAGGCAUUUACCGAAAGCCGACCGUCCGUUCAAAUGCGAGUUUCCCGACUGUCGUUACGCUUUUGUCAACAAUUCUGAACUUUUGGCGCACCAGAGAGUGCACACGUCGACCGACGAUAAGGUAUUGCUUUGCGAUCAAUGCGGAUACAAAACAAAGUCUGUGUCCGCACUCCGUAAGCAUUAUAGGCAACACACCGGCGAUAAGCCGUUUGAGUGCGAGUUUUGCGAUUUCAAGGCAUACGUCAGCUCUAAUUUGAAUAGACAUUUGCGAAUUCAUACGGGAGUUAAACCAUAUCAUUGCCCGUAUUGCAGGUAUUUUAAUCACUUUUAA